GGCAAGGUGGGCGGCGAUGAGUGGGUGUUUUGGGGAGAGAGAGAGGUGCUGGCGGGAUGGGGUGUGUUUGGGAAGAGGGGGUAGAAGUGUGGGUGGGGAUCCGUGAGCAAGAUACCUAGGCCGUUUUCGUAGACAAAUGAGGAAUUCUUCAAGUGCUGUCCAAGACUCCGGUGAUUACGCUUCCGCUCGCUAUCUACUGUCCGCUAUAUGUCCAGUACUAGUUUUUCUUGUGCAGCUUGUAGGCGCUAUGCUUCGUGUCAUCAACAACAACCCAAUGGACGAAUUACACCCAUCUCCGUCGAUCGCUGGAACACAACCGAAAACCCGGGGCUUGCGUGCCCGCCGUCCAAAACAGCCUGAGCAUCCAAUUCCGAAAUCAUAACGAUACCCCAUGACGAUAACCCACAACCUUU